AUGGGCAAACGCGGCGGCAGAAAGGGAAACCGCGGCGGCAAAGGUGGCGGCGGUGGCCGCGCACAGCGCUCCACCAACUGGCAAGACAUCGCUCGUACGAACGAGAAGCUCGAGAGAUACUACAAUGAGCCCGAAUUCAUCCCCGAGGAGGAGAAGGAGGAGUUCUGGAAUGCGAUCAAGAGAGAUUUGCCCAACAGCUUCCGUUUCACAGGCUCUCGAGGACAUGCUCUCGCCGUUCAGCAGCGCCUGAAAGACUUCUACAUUCCUGAAAUCACUGCCAUUGAGUAUGAAGGUCAACCUGUCGAGCCUCCACGUCCCGUGUCGUGGUAUCCGGACCAGCUGGCAUGGUCCAUGACCACGCCUAAGCAAGUUAUUCGCCGUCAUGCGCCCUUUGCUUCAUUCCAGAAAUUCCUUGUUGCAGAGACCGAAGUUGGAAACAUCAGUCGGCAGGAGCUGGUCAGCAUGAUCCCUCCGCUGCUCAUUGAUAUUCGUCCGGGCAUGACCGUUCUGGACAUGUGCGCUGCUCCAGGCAGCAAGUCGGCGCAAUUGAUGGAGGCUCUUCAUGCCGGCGAGGAGGACACAAUUUUGGAAAUCGCCAAGCAGGUCAAGGAAGGCAAUGCUGGACCUGAGCCCUUGGGCCCUGAGGGCUUGAAUGACGAUGGUCGUACUACGGGCUUGUUGAUCGCCAACGACAGUGAUUACAAGCGUGCCCAUCUCCUCAUUCAUCAGAUGAAGCGUCUCAGCUCGCCCAACUUGAUUGUGACGAACCACGAUGCCACAAUGUACCCAUCCAUCAAGCUUCCUCCUUUGCCCGCCCCCGAGGGCAAGCGCCCCAUCAAUCGAUACCUCAAGUUCGAUCGUAUCCUGGCCGAUGUGCCCUGCUCAGGAGAUGGUACCGCUCGUAAGAACUACGGCGUUUGGAAGGAUUGGAGUCCUUCCAGCGCCCUGGGCCUCUUCACUACGCAGGCUCGCAUUCUCGUGCGCGCCUUGCAAAUGCUGAAGGUCGGUGGACGUGUCGUGUACUCCACCUGCAGCAUGAAUCCUGUUGAGAACGAAGCUGUCAUUGCCAGUGCCAUUGAGCGAUGUGGCGGCGCUGCCAAUGUCAAGAUCAUUGACUGCAGCGAGGAGCUUGCUGGCCUCAAGCGUCGUCCCGGCCUCAAGUCCUGGAAGGUCAUGGAUCGCGAGGGCCGUAUCUGGGGCAGCUGGAAGGAUGUCCUUGACCAAAGACAGCAGGAGGAGACCAGCAACGGCCUGGCUAGACUGGCAGAGGGCAUGUUCCCACCUUCGGGCGAGACCGCCGAGCUGCCGCUCGAGCGAUGCAUGCGUAUCUAUCCUCACCUUCAGGACACUGGUGGUUUCUUCAUCACUGUACUCGAAAAGACUUCCGAGAUCAAGGCGAAACCCGAGACUUCUGAGAAUGUCAUCCCGCUACUGCCCAAGGGUUCCAUUGCAGCACUCACCGCCGAGCUGGAUGCCCGCAACAAGCAGGACGGCGAGCCCUACCAGAAGUUGGAAGCCUUGGAUGAAUUGGUUCCUGCGGAUGCUGAAGUUGAUGCUGAGCUGGCGAAGAACGCAUCCAUCGCUCAGGCUUCGAAUCAACCCCCCUACUCAGUUACUCUGGACGCUUCAGAGCCUGCCUCGCCCACCAAGCGCGAAGCUGAUGAAUUGGACGAUGAGCUUCCAGCUAAGAAAGCCAGACUCGACGAUGGACACGAGGUCUUGAUUGGUGAUCGACCCGUUCAUCGUCCGCCUCCGGCAUUGAUCGAGACCGAAUCUGUUGGUACCUCGACCGAGGCCACCCCGGCUGCCACUGCCCCUGGCCCCGUGGUUCAAGGGUUCAAGAAGAAGGUGGUCCAAGAGGAGCCCUACAAGUAUUUGGACCCUAACCACCCCGAGCUGGUGCCUGUCUAUGCAUUCUUCGAUUUGUCCGAGCGCUUCCCCCGGGAUCGCUGGAUGGUGCGUAACGCGGAAGGCCAGCCUACACGGACUGUGUACUACACGAGCGCGCUCGCCCGCGAUAUCCUGACCAUGAAUGAGGGCUCUGGGAUGAAGUUUGUCCACUGCGGCGUAAAGAUGUUUGUGAAGCAGGAUGCCCAACGCGAGAAUGUCUGCCGCUGGCGGAUCCAGACGGACGGAUUGCGACUCAUCGAGCCUUGGCUUGGUGAUGUGCGCACCGUUACCCUGACCCAACGGGAGACUUUGCGUCGCCUGCUCAUCGAGAUGUUCCCCAAGGUCAACGACAAUGGCUGGAAACAACUUGACGAGAUUGGUGAGCGUGUCAAGGACAUCCCUAUGGGCUGUAGUAUCUUGCGCGUCGAGCCCAAUGGCAAGGAAGAUGGUCUGAACGAGCGAAUGGUUUUACCCCUGUGGCGGUCUCUGCACUCUAUCAACCUGAUGCUUCCCAAGGAAGACCGUCGGGCAAUGCUGUUACGUAUCUUCAAUGAUACCACUCCCGUCAACAACCACAACGUCAAGACCCAGAAACCUUCUAACAAGGAUGCGCAAACCGUUGUCGAGGUCGAUCAAGAAGUCGAUCAAGAGGUCGAUCAAGAGGUCGAUCAAGAUGUCGAGCUUGAUCCUCCAGUUGCAGUCGAGGAGGAGCUGCUGAAGCAAGAGAACCUUGCUUUGGGCCAAGACGAGCAGGAGCAGAUGGACGUGCGGGAAACCUACACCAAAGCUGGCGAUGAGGAGGAUCGGUUCAACCAAACUGUUUAA